AUUUUGAAAGGAGGGUGUGCUGCAGGUCAUGUGAUCAGUCCGGGAGGCUCGAUGAUAUUUCUAGUGCAGCUGAAAUAUAAAAGAUCAAUUCCUGUGAAUUUCAUGUGUUUUAUCUGCACGACCUGGAUGGCUUUACAGUAGAAGUGUGAUUUGAUAUCUUUAUAUUAUUCAUCAGUUUGUUAUAAUGCUGUCUGUCUGCUGCUUAUAGAGGCGAUAGAAGAGCAACGGAGUUUCACGGACGAAUGAAAUUAAUUUGAUCAGAUUAUAAAGAAGGAGAAUACAUCAUCAUCAUCAUGGCAAACGUGACGGAUCUUCAGAGUAAAUACAGUAAACUGGCUCAAGAAUAUUCAAAGCUUAGAGCACAGAAUCAGGUGUUGAAAAAGGCCGUGGUGGACGAACAGACCAGCUCCAACUCAUUAAAGGAGGAGCUGAAGCACAAGGAACAGAGUUUACGGAAGGUGCAGCAGGAAAUGGACAGUCUGACCUUCAGAAACCAGCAGCUCACCAAGAGAGUGGAGCUCCUGCAGGAGGAGUUACUGCUGUCAGAGAGCAGAAACAAGAAGAGCAAAAAUAAAGGAGACUCGCCGACCCAAAUCAAUCUACAGACGCAGAGUGUUUUUGAUGAAGAUCUGCAGAAAAAGAUCCAGGAGAACGAACGACUUCACAUCCAGUUCUAUGAAGCGGACGAGCAGUACCGACGACAGGAAGCUCAACUGAGAGCUCGACUGGAUGAGCUGGAGAAAGAGUCUGAACAGCAUCAGGCUCUGGUAGAUGCCCUCACCAGCAAAUACAUGGACACCAUCGACAAACUCCAGAGUGACAAAGCCCAACUAGAGGUCAAAGCUCAGAGCCUGGAACGAGAAGCCAAAGACUGCAGAGUCAAAACUGACGAGUGUCAGCAGCAGUUGAGGAAAUAUCAGAGUGAAAUGAGCAGUCAGUUAAAACAAAGCAGCAGUGUGAUACAGGAGAAAGUGCCCUUCAAUGACACCCAGUUGAGUGAUUACAACAGUCUGAAUGUUCCUCUACAUAACAGAAGACAUCAGCUGAAAGCUCGUGAUGUAGCAGCUCAAGCUGUGGGGUUUGUUCAGGAUCUGGUGUCUGCUCUGCUCAACUUUCACUCGUACACUGAACAGAGAGUGCACAUUUACCCUCUCGACUCGUCCAUUGAAGCCAUCUCACCUGUAAACCAGAAGUUCAGUCAGUAUCUGCAUGAGAAUGCGUCAUAUCUGCGUCCGCUUGAGGAGGGAUUACUGCAGUUACAUCAGAGCAUCACAGAAGACACCAUCACUAUGCUGGAAACGGUGGGAAAACUGCAAGACUUCUCCAGAUCUUUCUCGGCCUACAGCAGCUUCCUGCAGAAGAUCCUUCCAUACCAGCUCAAAAGUUUAGAAGAGGAAUGCGACGCGCCUCUCUGCACGUCAGCGCUGAUAUCUAAGAACCGUGAGUUACAGAAUGACAUGCACAAACUGACGGCAGUGUUUGACAAACUCAGGUCAUACAUCAAUCUAUUGGCUGUACCCAGUCUGCGCUUGGAUGCCAUGUGUCAUAGCAGUGCUAGCGCAGUCUUCACGCAGAUGAGUGCAUGUUUACAUGGCCUGCACGACAUCACCAGAGAGUUGUCUAAGAGCUACAGUCAGAAGGUCUCUCUCGAGCAGGAGCUGCCCACUGUCACACAGAAGUUUCGCACUACAAACGAGUGUUUGCUGUCGUCACUGGCUUCACUCACAAACAGUUGCAGCAAGAUAGCUACCUUCUUCAGCAGCAACCUGGACUUCUUUACGUCAUGUCCCGGUUACAGUCGUCAUGGAGACGUUGUGAACCCACUACAGGCCGACACAAUGAUCGCAAACAAGAGACUUGCCGCCAAAUACUUGAGCACCAUCAGGAAGAUGAGAUCAGAAACUGUGCCAUACACACAAGCUUUACAAAACAAACACAUUCUCACCAGCUCUACUGAGAGCAGAGAGGGACUCAUGCAACAGGUUGUUCAGAGUCAGAUGAAGAUCUCUCAUCUGGAACAGGAGAAGGAACACUGGUUGCUGGAGGCUCAGCUGGCGCAGGUGCGUCUACAGAAGGAGAACCAACGCAUCGCUCAGCUGGAGGCUCAGGUGGUCGCUGAGAUUCAAACACAGACUCACAUCAGCUCUGAAAGCACAGAUACUGCUCAUGCUGACAAUAUAGAGCCCGUUCAUGACACAAGUGUGAUCGGCAUGUUAACUGUCACAUCAUGCAGCGAGAGUUCUUCAGAUCAGGAGUCUCGUGAACAUCUGAUCAAAACACAUUACAUGAGUCGUGUGUCUGAACUGACCGCUCAACUGCAGAUGAGUGACAGUAAAGCCGUUCACUUCAACGCUGAGUGUCGAGCUGUAGCCAAACGUCUCGCCAUCGCAGAAAAAUCUCGCGAGACUUUGGCGGAGGAACUGAAGCUGGCGAAUCAGAACAUUACACGCUUACAGGAUGAGCUGAGCACCACCAAGAGAAGUUAUGAAGAUCAGCUGAGCAUGAUGAGCGAUCACCUGUGCAGCAUGAACGACACGCUGAGCAAACAGAGAGAAGAGAUUGACACGCUCAAACUCGCCUCCAAGGCGAACUCAAAGAAAAACAAGAGCCGAUAGUGGACUGAUGAUGUCACAGACUGACAGAACACGGCCGACCUUUACAUUUCACUCUGAACCAAUGACAACGCGCGUGCAUGUGUGAUGAUUGAAUUCAUGUGUUUUUGUUUUUGUCCUCACAGAUGGUGGUUGUUAAAGACACCACAGACUGUCUCUCUCACACACACACUCUCUCACACACACACACACACACACACACACACACACACACACCCCCUCUGCUGUUAACCUUGUAAUCCAGCAGAGGAGAGUGUGAUUGAGUGGCAUUGUUUUACACGUGUGUUCAGAGGUAUAUCAGUAAUGUGAAGAGGUAAUCAUAUUAAACUUGUGUGCUGUCUUCACUAUUUAUGUACUGAUAAAUUCACUCCUCAGAUAAAAAUGGUUCAUGAGAAUAAACGUGUUGAAUCCA